AUGCUUGAGAUUUGCAAGAAAGAGGCCGUGGGCACGAUCGUCGGAAGAGCGCUCGGAGACGGCGACGGCGGUGCGGACGGAGUCGCGCUCGGAGAAGCGGACGGCGUGGCGCUCGGCGUCGAGCUCGGGGAUGGGGACGGCGCCGCGCUUGGCGAAGGCGACGGAGCGGCGGACGGCGUCGCGCUCGGGGAUGGGGACGGCGCCCUCGGGGAUGGGGACGGCGCCGCGCUUGGCGAAGGCGACGGAGCGGCGGACGGCGUCGCGCUCGGGGAUGGGGACGGCGCCGCGCUCGGGGACGCCGACGGCGCCGCGGACGGCAGGGGCGACGGUCCGGCGCUCGGCAAGGCGCUCGGGGACGCCGACGGCGCCGCGGACGGCGAAGAGCUCGGAAACGAGGACGGCGCCGGGCUCGGCGAGGGCGACGGCGCGGCGGACGGCGCCGAGCUCGGAAACGAGGACGGCGCCGCGCUUGGCGAGGGCGACGGCGCGGCGGACGGCGCCGAGCUCGGGAAUGGGGACGGCGCCGCGCUCGGAGAGGGCGAAGGCGCGGCGGACGGCGCCGAGCUCGGGGACGAGGAGGGCGCCGCGCUCGGAGAAGGCGACGGCGCGGCGGACGGCGCCGAGCUCGGGGACGAGGCGGGCGCCGCGCUCGGAGAGGUCGACGGCGCGGCGGACGGCGUCGAGCUCGGGGACGAGGAGGGCGCCGCGCUCGGAGAGGGCGACGGCGCGGCGGACGGCGUCGAGCUCGGGGAGGAGCUCGGGAGAGAGGACGGAGUCGCGGACGGCGUCGCUGAGGGUAUCGUGGUCGGCGUCGCCGUCGGCGCGGCCGUGACGGCGUCGUAG